UCUCGUUGCGCUACUCUUUCUCUAUCUGUCACUCUAUCUUCCUCUCCCGUUUCCAUUCUUCGCGCCGCGAUCCCUCCCUCGCUUCCAACCCCGCGGGCCCCCUCUCCCGCUCCCACUUCGUCUUUGCCUCGAAAUGUGGCAUUCAACAGGGCUUCCACGCUGCUUGCGGUGGCGCGGAAUCCGCGCCGGUUUGCCGCUACGCGCGCGACGGCGGCCGGCGCGGGGGGGUGCAUCGCGGGGAAAUGAUGCGCAGAUUGGCCGGAUCAUCUCAAAAACCACCACCCUCCCGCCUCCUAGCCCUCCUCCUCCUCCUCCUCCUCCUCUUUCUCCGCGCUACCCUCCACCCCCUCGCGCUCGUGCUCGUCCUCUGCCUCCCUCGUGCGCGCUCUUCCGCAGGCAGGCAGGCAGGCAGGCAGGCAGGCAGCCGCGCGCUCCCCGUUACUCUCUCGCACCCUCGUCGCCGACGGUCGUCAAGGGAUGAAGUACAGCCCCCACCGCCGCCGUCACCGCUGCCGCCGCCGCCGCCGCCGCCGCACCGCAUCGCCGAACAACCGUCCCGACUGCCACGCAGCCGUCGACGACGAGUGACUGAGUCCUCCGAUUAUUAUCUCAUUUGCCGCCACGGCCAGCGGCACGCGUCGGACCCCGUGCCGCAUAUCUUCGGACGACCCCGGGGAUCCAUAGAUCCCCUUGUCAUCCCCGAUCCCGAUUGGUGGACCGUAGUUCGGCGCCAACUUCGAGGAAAUCCCCGCCGCUCGCAAGUAUACCAGCAAAAUGACGACGACCACGGGCGACCCGUCGACUCUGAAGACGCCGGCCUCCCUGUCGGGCGGUGAUCUCGUCUCUCGACUGCUGGCGGCCACUCCUCCGUAUCUGUACAACGUGCCGCUGACGCCUCACAGCUUCUUCUUCAGCGAGAUGCUGCGCUCCUUCGUGCAGGCCAAGGCGGAGGCAUCGUCGGCUGGCAAUGGCGGUGGCGGCGGCGGUGGUGGCGGCGGCGGCGGCGUCGGCGGCACAGCAAACGCGCCGCGACGCCGCAAGCGAUCCUGGCGAGACGCCCGCGACAGGCCGCUGGAGCUCACGACGAAGGAACGGCCGCAUCAUCAUCACCAUCAUCAUUAUCACCCCGACAAGUACUAUCACUCCACGGCGCAGCAGCAACAACAGCAGCAGCCGCCUCAGGUACCCACGGAGACGUCCCGGCUGGAGAACGAUGGCGGCAAACGUGCGAGCGACGUCUCCUACCUCGACGCCGCGAUGGAGAGCAAAACUGGCGCGACGAUAUUCGAUCAGAAGCCGCCCGGUUUCGGCGGUGAUAUUCUCAAGCCCAUCGACGAGAACAAGAGCGAGUGCAGCUUCCCGCGGCAGCAGCACGGCAAGAGCUUCUUCGACGAGCGGCCGCGGCACUUCGAGCAGGCUCAGCCGCCGGAGAACGUUUUCCCCGGCGGCGGGGAAACGGCGCGGAAGAUCAAACCGGAGGAUCCGCAGCAGCAGCAGCAGCAGCAACAGCAACUGGACCGCUCGAAGAGCACCGCGUCCGGCGGCGGCCAGGAGGUGUCCGCGCCUCUGCAGCUGUCGUCGGAUCAGAAGAAGCUGGACUUCUCGCGGGCGGGCCCCUUUUUGCACGCCGGCAGCAUGCCCGGCCGGGGAUGCGAGGCGAGCGUGCUGCAGGGCGUGAAGGGCUUCGCCCUGCCCGGCGGCGUGUCGAACCCGGCGGAAUUUCUACCCGGGCCCCUCUGGUACCCGCCGUAUCCGAUGCCGCAGACCUACCCCGGCAUCGAUCCGCUUCACUUCUUCAUAGACCUACGCGUCUCCGGCCACAUCUGGGACCGCAAGCACGCGAGCGAGCGCCAGCUAUCCUUCAAGAGCAAGCACUGCUCGGCCUUCAGCGUGCCGCAGUCCAAGGAGUGCGGUGGUAAUAAUCGGCCAUUGAAUCUCACCCGCGACGAGGCGACGACGUCGAGGAGCACGCCGGAGACGGAGAAUAUCCAUGGCACCAACUACAUCCUGAAGCACCUUAUGAAGACGUACCAGGAGAUACUGCGGAUGAAGGUGGAGAACGCGUCGAUGGAGAACGAGGAGAACUCGAAGGAUACGCAGCAAGCUGGCGAGGACGUAGCGAAGGCAGAGGACACUGGCAGCACGGCGACGAGUCCCGAGGAGGAGAAAAAGGACCUACGGGCCCUGAUCGGUCUCGAAUUAGUGGUGGACUACGUGAAGGAGCCGAAGGACGACCCGUCGACCGCAGAGCAGACGUCGCAAGUAGCGGAAUAACUUACAUGUAACGUUUAAAUUGCGAUUCGCAAAGAGAUGCGCGCCGGACGGGCCUUCCACCUUUAAUCUAAAUAAAAUAGCCGUAGUGUUGUUAUUCGCAUUCUCUUUCUCUCUCUCUCUCUCUCUCUCUCUCUCUCUCUCUCUCUCUCUCUCUCUCUCUUUAUCUCGUGUAACAGCUCCGAAGCACUCACCGUACUCGCGAUAAUAUUCCUCCGCCGUAAAAUGUAAGUUUACCUCAGGCGCAAGGGUGUGGGACUCGUCAGACCGUGCAACAAGACUGACGCUCGUUUCGUACGCGCGCAGGGUGUGGGAUUCAUCUCCAUACGAUCGCGACGCUUUAUAAAUGCUUUUUUUUUUUGUAAACGCUUCUACGAAUCUCCAACAGAGAUUUAUCAUUAUUUAUUGAAGUUGUUCCUAAAACUUUAUCGCGCCUUUACGUUUUCCAAAUAUAUAUUUACGACGCACGUCUAGAACGGAUCCCUUUUCUUUUUCUUUGAGGGGCGAGAACUUAGGGGGUCGCGUUACAAAUCUCGUCGUAGUGAAAUGGACGAUGCGAAUUGUCGACAUGUGAUAUGCACUGUAAAUAUUAUUACAGCAUCCCGAUGUAUCUAUAUGUAUCGAUAGAAAGUACUCGUUAUUGUAAGUUGAACGUAAAAUAAAAGCAACUGCGAUUUAACCUG